AGAGAAUUGAUCAGGCUCUUCUCGGUGGUGCCAACCAACCGGACCAGAGGCAACGGGCAGAAACUGAUGCAGAGGGAGUUCCACCAGAACAUGAGGAAGAACUUCGUUACUAUGCAGUGACCGAGCCCUGAAACAGACGAGCCAGAGAGGUUGUGGAGUCUUCUUCACUGGAGAUAGCCGAGACCCGUCCGGAUGCAAUCCCGUGCCAUGUGCUCUGGCAUGGCCUGCUUGCAGGAAGGUUGGGCCGGCUGGCCCACUGUGGCCCCUCCCAACCUGAGCCAGUCUAUGAUUUUGUGUGGACUUAACGUCUUUUGAUUUGGUGAACUCUUUUCAGGCAUCUAUGUGGAUAAAAGUUGAAGCCAGCAAACAUUCAGGCAGGGUGUUUGGCUUGGAUUUGAGCCCUGCUUUGGCUGCUAGGGCAGGGCCUGCGGUGCAAAGCAAAAAGUCCUCAUGAUAGUACUCCAAGAAGGCCUGUUUUAUCUGUCAGUGCAAGAAAAAUUAAAGAUAAUGCAGCAGACUGGCAUAAUUUAAUGAUGAAAUGGGAAAGACUAAAUGAUAAUGGAUUUACUACAGCAAACAAAAUAGUCAACAUGAGGAUCAGUGAGCAGUUUCAAGACAACAAACUGGAGAUAACAUGUGAUAACAAUGCCACAGAACCUGAAAAGCCAACCCCAAAAUACAAUGAAGAGCUGGACAAGUGCUGUGCAGAAUUACUUGAGACUUUAAAGCAUAUGACAAAAAUACAACUGAAAAUGGAAAAGCUUACUUCGACUACUAAAGCAAUCUGUGAUUUGGAAACAUUCCACCACGGAGCUGGGAAUUGCACGGCACCCUUCUUUCAUACAUGGCCCACACCACACUUCUAUGAGGUUUCUCUGAAGCUGUCUGAAAUGUACAAGAAGGAGCUACAACUCAAGCAAACAAUUGUACAAGACAUAGCUCAUUCUGCUGACCAGGAUCUGAUGAUGGUGUAUUUAUCCUCGUGGUUGUACCAGCCUUACAUUGAGAACAGCAGCAUGCUGCUGCUUGAAGCCAUGCUGCUGGAAACAGGACACAGGCAGUGCUAGAAUUCCAAAGGUUACAUGGCUGGCUUACCAAGCAUGGUGUACUUGCUGAACUGGCUGCAGCCACAGUAGGAUUUGAAGACCUUGAAGCUGAUGCUGUGGCACAAGCAGCCCUCUGCCCAUUCACCAUCUUAGAUGGGGAAAUCUUGUCCACAGACACUGAUCCAUGAGAUGGCAAAGGCCUCUGCAUAAGCAACUGAACCAGAGACUCAGAAGAACUAUGCAGGAAUAGCUGCUGCUGCUCAGUUCCUGAAACAGGCUGUAUCCUAAUUAUCUGGGGAUUAACAAUGCCAAGUCCUGGUAUGCUAGAGUUCCUACCAACUGGCUGACUCAGUGUUAUAGUUUUGGACUGGAUUGGUGCCAAUGAUGUCACUGGCCCUUCAGUUUCCUUCAUCUGUCCUGGCUGAACUUGGACACAAAUGGCUUCCAGCUGCUUUUGUGGAAAAAAGGAAGAGUUGCAAUUACACAAAUAGAGUAUUAAUAAAUAAAUACAAUACUUAUCAAGAUAAUACA